GUGGGGAGUGAGUUGGUUAAAUUGAUGUCAAACGCUUUUGACAGUCACCAAAAAAAAGUGAGGAGCUACAGAACAGAGCAGUGGAGAGCCCAAUAAUGGAGCCACAAGAGAUCAGAGAAGGAUAUCUUGUUAAAAAGGGUACAGUGCUGAACUCCUGGAGUGCAGUGUGGGUGGUGCUGUCAGAAGAUGGUUUGGAUUACUAUAAAAAGAAAACAGAUCGUUCACCGAAAGGGAUGAUCCCACUGAAAGGAGCAACACUCGUCAGCCCCUGUCAGGAUUUUAACAAGAGAAUGCUGGUUUUCAAGAUUACUACAGAGAAGAAACAAGAUCACUUCUUUCAAGCUUCACAUGUGGAGGAGAGAGAACUUUGGGUCAAAGACAUCAAGAGAUCCAUAACCUGUUUGAAAGAUGGCAAAAAGUUUGCCAGGAAGUCUACCAGGCGUUCCAUUCGCCUACCAGACAAAGUCAACCUUGCUGAGCUGUACAUGCUGAUGAAAGACCAGGACGAGGGAGUGAAGGAACUAAAACUCGAACAAGAUAAUCGGAUUUUCAACCACUGCUUCACGGGUGCGACAGUGGUAGAGUGGCUGAUUUCGAAAGGGAAGGCGAGAAAUAGCUCUGAAGCACUCAUGUUAGCAGCGGGGCUUCUAAAUGAAGGCUUUCUUCAGCCUGCGGAUGACCUGUCAAAAGAGGGAGCAGAGGGUGGAGAGCAAACAACCUUCUUAGAUCAGACAAAAGCUCUGUACUACUUUGCCGAUAGUGGAUUCUUUUGUGAGGGCUACUCCAGCGAUGAAGAUGUUCUUCUGAAGGAAGAAUUCAGGGGAAAUAUUGUAAAACAAGGCUGCUUGCUCAAACAGGGACACAGAAGAAAAAACUGGAAGGUACGGAAGUUUAUACUUCGAGAUGACCCUGCUUAUAUGCACUAUUAUGAUCCUUCAAAGGGAGAUGACCCCCUGGGCUCAAUACAUCUCAGAGGUGCUGUGGUUACAGCUGUUGAGUAUGUGCCUGAUGCCAAAAAAUAUGACAUUGAUGGCAACCUUUUUGAGAUCAUCACCUCAGAUGAGACUCACUAUUUCCUGCAAGCUGCAACAGCUGAAGAGAGAAAGGAAUGGAUCAAAGCAGUACAGGUGGUGUCAAAAAGUGGAAAGUAACAAAAGUGGUGGAUCAACAAGGGAGUAUCUGUCAGCCACUGCUGUGUUGAACUUGAUAUACUAUCAAACUUUUCUGUUGUUGUCUUUUAUUGUGGAACAACUUCAGUAUUUCAUUUUUAUACACACAUAUGUUAAUACAUUCAAUGCUAUGCUAAUCACAAUUUAUUUAAGAGCAACAUUUUUUGUAAAUAUAUUAAUAUUGGAUUAAUACACUGAAAGGAUCUGUAUCUGUGGUUGCAUACUUUGGAAUGACAAGGAUGCUUCCAUUUUUAUUGAAGGGUAUAUUGUUGUUCUUUCUUUCAAUAAAUGCAUAUAUUGAAAUAAGUUGGUUUGAAAAACAGGAAGGUAACUGUUUUCAAAGCCAGUCUCACACAUACAAUAGUUGCUGCAUGACAGAAUUUUGCAUGCAAUGACAAGGAUAAUGGUGCUUCGUAAGACGAGCAAACUGUUUUUUUAAGCUUGUAAUUCUUUCACAUAUAUUUUUUCUUACAAAGGUUUCUGGUAUCAUGCAAAUUCUCAGCUCCUGAGUGUGAAUAAAGUAUGCAUUGCAUUCUGUCUGCAAAGUUCCAAAAGUCACUGUCUACAUGUGGCAGUAUUUCAGCUGCAAAAAUUACUCAUCGAGGCUUUAGGAUGACUGCCCAAAAAAACAUGACUGAUGACCUUUAAGGGUAGUGCAAAGUUUAUAAUUUGCAGAAUUUAACUUGUAAUUCUAAUUCUACUUUGCAGGGCAAGUGGGUGGAAUGUAAAAAAAAUACUAUAAAACAAUUGGCAAUCCUUUUAGGUUUGAGGAAAUUACUUUAUUUAUUUAAAAAUUAAACAAUGACAGGAAGCAAAGAGCAGAGUUUCUCAUCAUUGGUGUUUUUAACUAGGGUGAUAUUUUUAAUCUCAGUUAUGGACUUUUUAGUGGGGUGUACUUAGUUUACAAUCCAGUUGUUCUUUUUUUCAUGUGAGUCACUAAAUCCUUUUAUAAAUAGAGCAAAGAAAACUAGGGUUUGGUUAAAUAAAUGUAACCUCUACUUCAGUUAGAGUUAUUAAUAUGUUUUGCUGGGGUCCAUUUCAUAAAGCAAGUUUAUUGAAAAGAGGUUUUCUAACCCUGAAAUCAGGGGGAAUCUGAGUUUUCUGUUUCACAAAGAGAGUUUAUUCAACCUCUACAGUAUUUCUGUUACCAUUGGUAGCAUUCUCCCAAGAGCUAACCUGGUUGGGG